GACACGUUGUAAGGAAAUUUCUGCUUCCGGAGGGAGGUUGGACUAAAUGAGCCUGUCCGCCUAAGAGUUACGUAAGGCUCUGAAAGGUACAAAGCAUCUCCCUACAGUCUAGUGGUGCCAUGUAAGGGCCACUACGAUCACCCAGACACAGCGAUCACAGGCUCGUGCAAUGCCUGCGAUGGGCACAUGAAGACCGAAUGCUCCUGGGAAUAGGGGAGACUACUGAGGGUCGUAGGGGGAGAAGUGGUCUGCGGUAGCCACGGAGCUGUAUUUCUGUCUCUCCGUUCCCAGUCCUGUAGUCUUCACUGGUAUUAGGAGAGGUUCUUUCUUCUGGGAAAACAGCAGUAAAGAUUCCUGCCUACUGGCUUCAGUGUGGUCACAGACAUCUCAAUUUAUUUCAUACAAAUGGAGAUACCUGGAGGAGAAAGGACAGGAAGAAAGGGGCUUCAAGAGGAAUGGGAGGAAAGCCUGACCUACUGUACAAGAAGUCUGGAGGGCUCACAGGAACCUGCACCACUCAGCUGGUCUUGCCAACCGUGUGAGGCUUUGAUGACUGUAGGAAAAGAACCAUUUCCCACUAUUUAUGUAGAUUCACAAAAAGAAAAUGAGAGGUGGGAUGUUAUUUCUAAAACACAGAUGAAGAACAUUAGAAAAAUGUGGCAUAGGGAACAAAUGAAGAGUGAGUCCCGGGAAAAGAAAGAGGCAGAAGAUAAUUUUCGAAGAGAAAAGAACCUAGAAGAAGCAAAAAAGAUUACAAUUAAAAACGAUCCAAGUCUUCCAGAGGCAAAAUGUGUGAAGAUUGAUUCAUUACAAGGAUAUAGAGGCCAAAGAGUGAAAGUGUUUGGCUGGGUCCACAGGCUGCGUAGGCAAGGGAAGAAUUUAAUGUUUCUGGUGUUGCGGGAUGGUACGGGUUAUCUUCAGUGUGUCUUGUCUGAUGAGUUGUGUCAGUGUUACAAUGGCGUAGUGUUAUCUACUGAGAGUAGUGUUGCCGUGUAUGGAAUGCUAAAUCUUACCCCAAAGGGCAAGCAGGCUCCAGGGGGCCACGAACUGAGUUGUGACUUCUGGGAACUGCUUGGGUUGGCCCCCGCUGGAGGAGCUGAUAACUUGAUCAACGAAGAGUCUGACGUUGACGUCCAGCUCAACAAUAGACACAUGAUGAUCCGAGGAGAAAACAUGUCCAAAAUCCUGAAAGCACGCUCCAUGGUUACCAGGUGUCUGAGAGAUCACUUCUUUGAUAGGGGUUACUAUGAAGUUACGCCUCCGACAUUAGUGCAAACACAAGUAGAAGGCGGUGCUACACUCUUCAAGCUUGACUUCUUUGGGGAGGAGGCAUUUUUGACUCAGUCCUCUCAGUUGUAUCUGGAGACCUGCAUGCCAGCCCUGGGAGAUGUUUUUUGUAUUGCACAGUCUUACAGGGCAGAACAAUCCAGAACUCGAAGGCACCUGGCUGAAUACACUCAUGUGGAAGCUGAGUGCCCUUUCCUGACCUUUGAGGACCUCCUGAACCGAUUGGAGGACUUGGUCUGUGAUGUGGUAGAUAGAGUCUUAAAGUCACCUGCAGCAAGUGUAGUGCGCGAACUCAACCCGAAAUUUAAGCCCCCCAAACGGCCUUUCAAACGGAUGAACUAUUCAGAUGCUAUUGUGUGGCUGAAAGAACACAAUAUAAAAAAAGAAGAUGGAACUUUCUAUGAAUUUGGAGAAGAUAUCCCAGAAGCUCCUGAGAGACUGAUGACAGACACCAUUAAUGAACCAAUCUUGCUGUGUCGAUUUCCUGUGGAGAUCAAGUCCUUCUAUAUGCAGCGAUGUCCUGAGGAUUCCCGGCUUACUGAAUCUGUUGACGUCUUGAUGCCCAAUGUCGGUGAGAUUGUGGGAGGUUCCAUGCGCAUCUGGGAUAGUGAAGAACUGCUGGCAGGUUAUAAAAGAGAAGGGAUUGACCCCGCUCCCUACUACUGGUACACAGAUCAGAGGAAAUAUGGUACCUGUCCUCAUGGAGGAUAUGGCUUGGGCCUGGAACGGUUUUUAACUUGGAUCCUGAAUAGGUAUCACAUCCGAGAUGUGUGUUUAUACCCCCGGUUUGUCCAGCGCUGCAGGCCGUGACCGAUUUCUCCUAAAGUGUGAUGGAAAGAAUUCAGUUCAUGAAAGGAGUAAGGCUGCCUCUACAAAGAACAAAAAGCCAGAAUCUUCCCUUUUUAUUCCAUUGGAGUAUAACUGUUUCUGUUCUGUAUGCUUUUUAUUCCUACUACGCUAAAAAGUAGCACAAAUUACUUGAAAGUCAAGUGAUAUUGAUAUUGCCAUCUUAACAAAAAUGUCCAUCACAGAGUUUGGGGGGAAAUAUAUGGUAGAUAACUCGGCAGUUGUGGAUACAUUUCAGCGUUUUAUCCAAUUAUAGGUCAUAAUUUUGGGGUUAUAUACAUAAUUAAACAGUUUUAAAUUAUGGUCUAACACAUUCCAGCAACUUAAUCUUUCUGUCCUUUUAAGUGUAACUGGAAUUUUGUAAUUUAUUUUAUUGCAUCAGUGAGUUAAAAUAAACAUCUUAUGGGGAAAUUGGCAAUAUGGUGUGAAAAUCUGCUGGUAUUAGAAUAGGGUAUAAUUCAGAAGUAGAUGCCAGAAUCAAAUGAAUGCAAGCCUUUUACAUCAGUUAUGAACCUUCACUAAAUCCACAUAGCUGCUUUUAACUCUGAGGCAUACAAAUUGAUAUGAAAGAAUUUGUAAAAAUGGAAUUUCCUUAUAGAAUUUGAAGUAAGAGCAUAAUUUGGGGUGUACUUAAUGAUUCACAGCAUUCCUCUUAGCAUUAGUUUAAGCUAAAGAGGCAGACUGAUCUUCCCUCUUCCCUGUUAAUUCCUAAGUAAUUAAGAACAAAUAAGUUCAAAAACAAUUUGCUGCCAGAAUCUUAAUAACAACUGUAAGUGGCUGUUUGAGUUGCCCCCACCAUGUCCAUAGAUCUAAUCUGUGCCACCUUAUUAGCUCACAGCAGGCUCCUUGAAUGGCUUUAUUUCAGAUUUAGUUAAUUUCUCUCCCGAAUGCAUGUCACGUAUUCUCAAUAGGCUGUAUUCCCAGCAAUCAAUAAAGAAACACACAUAAAAACUCUUUGCUGGCUUAAUUUUCUUCUAGCUGAAUGUCUCUGUCUCACAUUAAUUUAUGUUUGAUAUUUUUUUCUCUUGUUAUUUUUUAUGCUGCAUACAUGUGAAGUUAGAUGUUGCCCACAUGUAGUGGUCGUUACUAAAGUUACAUGGUAAUGAAAAGGAAUGGCCUUUUAAAAUUAGGCAAGUAGGGCCAGAAGAAAUGGCUCAUGCCCGUAAUCCUAGCACUCUGGGAGGCCGAGGCAGUGGAUUGCCUGAGCUUACCAGCCUGAACCAGUGUGAGACCUCUUCUCUAGAGAUAGUUGGGCCUUGUGGCGGGCGCUUAUAGUCCCAGCUACUCGGGAGGCUGAGGCAGGAGAAUUGCUUGAGCCCAGGAGUUUGAGGUUGCUGUGAGCUAUGACAUCAGGGCACUCUACCCAGGACAACAAGGUGAGACUUUGUCUCAAAAAAAAGAAAAUUAGGUAAGUGGGUCCUAGUUACUUUUUUUUUUUUUUUUUUGGAGACAGACUCUCACCUUGUCGUACUAGAUAAGAGUGCCAUGGCAUCAUAGCUCAUAGCAACCUCAAACUCUUGGGCUCUAGUGAUCCUCUUGUUUGAGCCUCUGAAGUAGCUGGGACAGACAUGCACCACCAUACACAGCUAAAUUUUUCUAUUUUUAGUAGAGGUGGAGUGGUCAGGCUGGUCUCAAACUCAUGAGCUCAAUCCAUCUGCCUGCCUUAGCCUCCCAGAGUGCUAGGAUUUUUUUUUUUUUUUUAAUUAUUGGGGAUUCAUUGAAGGUAUAAGAAACCAGGUUACACUGAUUGCAUUUGUUAGGUAAAGUCCCUCUUACAGUCAUGUCUUGUCCCCAAAAGGUGUGGCACACACCAAGACCCCACCCCUCCCUCCUUCUUUCUCUCUCUGCUCUCCCCUUCUCCCACCCCCAUUGUGUCAUUAAUUGUCCCAGAGUGCUGGGAUUACAGGUGGGGAGCCACUGUACCCAGCCAUAGUUAGAUUUUUUAAAAUCUUUGUGUUGUCUAUUUGGCCUGUAUCUUGUAUCUUUAAAUAAAAAUUUAUUGGAAGAAUGUGAA